AUGCCUCAUGCCGAGGGUGCUUGUGCAAUGCCCGCCGGUGAUGGUGAAGUGGAGGCAGGGUUCGCCAAGCUGCAGGGUGAGGAUUUUGAGUACUACAUGCAGGCCUACUCUAUCAUGCUGGGCCGCAACAGCAAGAAAUCGACGGUGGAUGUCGAUCUCUCCAGCCUUGGUGGGGGGAUGAACAUUUCGCGCCACCACGCGCGGAUAUUCUAUGACUUCCAGCGCCGCCGUUUCGCGCUCGAUGUCAUCGGCAAGAAUGGCUGCCAUGUUGAGGGCGUCCUGCAUCUCCCUGGGAAUUCUCCUCUUAAGCUUGACUCGCAGGACCUCCUUCAGAUUGGGGACAAGCGGUUUUACUUCCUCCUGCCCACGAGGUCUAUCUUUGCGUCGCUUGCCGCUACUCAACAAGCCCCUGUUCUUCCCUCACAGAUCCCGCCGCCAUCGUAUGUGCAGCCAGGGCACCCUCGUGUGUCCGAUUUCCAUGACCGCCUCCCUGAAGGUGAUUAUGGCUGGGACAGUGAUGACGUUGGGAAUGGUGUCGGUGCAAGUGGAAUGAAGGGCAAGCUGAAGAUAACCAAGAAGUCUCCCGGAGAUUUGGACGUCUACGGUGGGCACAGAAUCAAUGUUGAACCAAUAGGAAUAGUCGGCGAAGACAACAGACCAGAAAUAAGGCUGAGGGGUGACGGGGAUGUGGACAACCAGCACAUCGUUCAAUUGGAAGAGAAGGAAGUCGUGUCAUCUGUUGCGACUGUGUUAUCUGACCUAUGUGGUCCUGGACAAUAUAUGCCUAUGAGAAAACUCCACACAGAGCUUGUGGACCGGUUUGGCAACGUGUGGCACCACACCAGGGUGCGGAAGUACCUGACCUGGGAGGACUGGUCGCCGAUUAUAGCCAAGGGGAGGCCGUGGUUCGGGCUGCUGGAGCUGCUCAGGAAGCACCCAGAGCACUUCGUCAUCAACACGAAAUGGAAGGGCAGGGCGAUCUUGGAGUUUGUCUCGCUGGUUUCCUUGCUCUCCUAG